ACAUGUGGUAUCCUACAAAAAUCAUACAUCAUAACAGCUGAUUUUUCAAUGCGUAGCAUAGUCAGCUGUUGAGCAUUGAUCGAGUGUAUUGCUGGGGACGAGCCUAGCCCAGCGGCCUUGCGGGAAUCAGCUGUGUGUGUGUGCAGGCUAGUUCUUUGUGUUGCCACGUACGUCGUCAUACAACUUGCCACCGUUGUCAGACCGAUUUCGAAAGAUGGAGUUUAGGUGUGCGUCCACAAUCCUGCUGUCUUUUCAGCUGUGGCAACAGCCAACUUAGGGAUUUUUAUAGAUCUUGCGCAUUGAGAGGUUAGUGUUCAUUCGCCCUCUCUGCGUACACCCAGGUUAGAAGGAACAAACAGCUGACACGACGUUUCGCAGUGGCUCCUUCACUUGCGGAAACCAUGUAAACGCCCUGUUUUCGUGAUUGGUGCAGCUUCAGUGCGUGCAGCAUCGUCACGUGACAGAAUAACAUGACGACCAGCUGACCACGGGGCCACGUGCGUCCAUGUGUCUGCGCCUGCGCCCGAGCCCGCCUGCCCAGCUGUCCGCGCCAUCUGUCGCUGAAGGGGAAGGGGAAGGAGAAGGGGAAGGCGAAUUGGAAGGGGAAACCAGAGUGAAUAAUGGAGGCAGAAGCAGUCAAAGUGUUGGAAGAGCUGGGAAUGCUGGUUGUGGAGGGUCGGGUCCAAGGAGAGUGUGCAAAUCAGCGUGGAUAUGGGGAAGGGCCUCACAUAUCAGCCAAACAUCAUGUUUGCUCACUUACAAAUGCCCUUUGUGUGCGUGCAGAGAAAUUACGCAAACAGGUGCAGCUUUUACAUCGUAAUGGAAUGUCUGUGUGUGUUGAAGUGCUGAAGUGUGCUGACUGUACAUGUGGAAAUCAUCGCAGCUUGUCAACGGAAAUGGUUAAUACCCCUUUGGAUACAGAAAUUCUUCUUGAGCAGUGGACAGUUAAUCUGACUGAGAACAGGUAUGGUGAGGCCCCUAUGACAGUUAGAGGCCUGUUCCAAGCUGUGCGCUCACAGCUACAUUUCUCACAGUUAUCUGCAUGGUGGAGCAAUACCAAGGGCUGUAAUCCAAGUCACAUAAUGUAUCGGCUUACCGUCCCAGAUCAGGCAUCUGUCUUCCCUUGCAAACAUGAGGAACAUACUUUUCCUUUGGCUGCAUUGUCACGUAAUGUUGCUGUGAAGGUGUGCUUGCGAUCACUGCCACGGACAGAUUCAAUUCCGCAGUCAUUGUGUCCACUGCACAACACCAUUGCUUCAAAGGAUACAAGGACACUCACUAGCACCAGUGUCAGUGGCAUCCACCGUCAUCCGUGUAAAUAUCAGAGUCCUCCACCAACCUGCCGUGAUGUCUCGGAGGAUGUGCUUAUUUAUGGAACUACGCCUUCUGUUUGCAGAGAAAAUGAAGAUGACAAUCAUGGCGUGCGUGGCAGUUGUGGCAGUAGAAGCAGUAGUAGCAGUAGCACAAGCAGCAGUAGUACUGUCAGCAGUAGCAGCAGCAGCAGCGGCGGCGGUGGGAGCAGCAGCAGAUGCGAUGUGUCAGCACCAGAACCUGGGCGGCGCAGGGGAAGGCACGCUACACUUAGACGCAGGGACAUCAAGGAUACAGCUCAUGGGGUUGUCGAUGAUCGAAUGAGAAAUCCCUGCACACGUUCGGGUAAACACCGAUGCAGUUGUGGAGAUGAUGAUGACUUGGAUCUAGAGUCAGAUUACACAAAGAAUGGUCAGUGCACAACCAAAAAAUUGGAGCUCAGCAACAAAGAAUUGGGAGAAGUGUUAGCAGUGCUCAGGGAUAAAAAUGCUCCAUCUCGUUCAUUCACUCAGGGUGCAAAUAAAGGGCUGAAAACAACUUUAGAUAUGAGAGAGCAUAUUCUAUCAAAGCAGGCCUCAGUGGGAAGCAGUUCAAGAAGUUAUUCCGAUGUGUAUAGGACACAUGUUUCAACUACCUCAUCCGAUGACCAAGGUUUUCAGCGAGUGUGUGGGAAGAGCAAAAAUCAGGAAGAAGCACUGACAUUUGAGAAACCUUUGGUGUUGUCGGAGAAAGUUUUAAAAAAUAAACACAAACUUAGUACAAGUAAAAGUGCUUUUAAUGACUGUGAUAACAGUAAAUCUCAUUGUGAUAUCAUUACAGGAAUGAAAUCCAUAAAUUUGCAAGACUGUGAUACUUCAGACAUCAGUAUUAUAGGAAGAAGUGAAUUGCCUUCUUCAGUACAAACUUCAGUUUUGGUUAGUGAGCAAAAAGCCAUAAACAAAGGUGCAGAAAACACUUGUUCCAAAUUAUCAGCUCAACUGUCAGAGGGUUAUUCAGAAGUCAGGACUUGGGAGACAACAUUAGAGACAGAUAAUCAUUUUAAGUGUGUUCGUGAAAUUCAGACUGGUUCACAAGAAGAUGGCAACUUACCUGAUACAUCACUGCAAAGUGAUACAGAGUGCUCCACAAAAUUUGCUGUGGGAAAUUUAACUUCAGUAAAUUAUGGCUCUAAAUGUACAAAUGUUACGAAAAACCUCAACAAUGAAAUAAAAAGUCUCUCAGAGGUAAAUCACAAUUGGCAGGUGCCAUCAGCAAGGGACAAGGCACGUUUUAGACGUUCACUUGACUCUGCUGCAUCUAUGGUUUUCCAUUGUCGUACUGGAUUGCCACUGACAUCAAGUCCUGCGCCUGUUAGACGUACUACUUCCACAACACGAUUUGACUUCGACAGCACUCUGAAUUCUGUCUCAGCUAUUCGCAGUGCUCUGUUUGAAAGUAGUGAUGACAGUCAAAGUACAAGUAGUGAUGAUGCUGAAACACCAAGUCCAGUUGAUACUGUACCACCUGGCAAUUUCCUCGAGAAUGCUCGUGAGGAUUUUCAACGACUGAGAUACAGUGGUUAUCCUUGUUCAUCAUUGUUAGGUAGCUUUGAAGAGUCUGUCCUGAAUGGAAGAUUGGAACCUGUAAGCACAGUCCAUGGCUUCACUGCAGAUCUCGGUGCCAGCGGCUCAUUUUGUCCACGUCAUCUUGUGCUGCCUGUCACAGUGUUUUUUUACACCUUGGGGGAUAAUGAUAAAGUUUCUACACCCUACCUUGGCCAUAUUAACCUUGGAAAGAAAGGUUAUAAUGUUCCUCGAAGUGGCACAGUACAAGUGACUCUUUUCAAUCCCCUUGGAACAGUGGUGAAAAUGUUUGUGGUGAUGUAUGAUUUAUGUGACAUGCCUGCAAAUUCACAAACAUUCUUAAGGCAACGAACUUUGUAUAUGCCUGCCAAUUUGGAUGGCAAGCAGCCCUAUGAUGCUCAAAAGUGGCUACGGUAUCUCAUACAUCUACGUUUCUCCAGUUCAAAAUCGGGUAGAAUCUACUUACAUACUGAUAUUCGUAUGAUAAUUUUCCGCAAGGCAGACAUGGAUACAGCUACAGCUCAUGGUCUUGAAAUGUCAUAUGAACUACGUUCAUUUACACAUGGCCCAACGAAUCCUAAAUUCUCACCUAGGCAGUAAAUUUUAAAUACAAAUUUAGAGUAAGUGGAAUGUAGUGUAAUUAAAUGGUAAAAUUUUGAUUUUCUGUGUAUUGUGCCACAGUACUUACUGCUUUGAAGGUAUGACAUUAUUUUUUUGGAUAAAAAAUAUAAUUUGUGAAUAGUUAAGGCUCCUAAAUAUUCAAGGCAGGCUCAGUACUUCUUUAAAACAAGGUAACUGGCUAAAGGAAAUGUGUAUACUUACUUACAUUAAGCAAACUGCAGAGCUAAUGUCGUAUUUUCUGCACUUCUGUGUAAAAGAUCUCAUUUGUUUCAAAAAUGCUAUUGUUAUUUUUUAAAAAAUUAAAAGGACAUUGUUUGUGCCAGUAUUUGUACUAUUGGCUAGACAUUGUAUUAAGUAUUGUGUAGUUUUAGGCAUUUACCUUGUUACAGCAGUGCAUAUAAAUACUUACAAUAGUAAUUGUUGGCACUGUUUAUCACCUAAUCUUUAAAUACCUCAAUUCCUGACUAUUUUCUGAAUUUUUCAUAGUUUGUUUCAAAAACUGUUAAAUACUUCAAUCUUGUCCAUAACUUCAGAUAGACUGUGUGUGUGUGUGUGUGUGUGUGUGUGUGUGUGUGUGUGUGUGUGUGUGUGGAGUGAGAGUGAGAGAUAUUAUCCUUUCAUGAAUGGUAAUGACAAGUAUACCUGUAUUCUGUUCUGCACUGAGUCGUAUCAUUUUAGUCAAUUAAAUCUAAAAUCUGCCAUUAAAGAGAGCUAGUAAAUGUACAUAAAAAUAUACAUAUAUGUAUACCUAUCUAUCUAUCUAUCUAUCUGUCUAUCUAUAUAAAUAUAUAUGUAUAAAAAAUUAAAAACUGAAAUAACAUAUUUUAUACUUCAUUUGAUGCAGCUAUAUUG